CAGCCUCGAAGACUUCCGGGGCGAGGGCAGGUCUCCAGUGUGCCUUCCUCCGUAACCUCUAGGAGGGGGGCUCGUGAAGGUUUUUGGGACGGUGCGCAGUGACGAUUCCUAGGCGGAGACGGUUCUAUAAAGAAAGAUCUAAGAAAGAACUAGGACUGGCGGGAAGGAACAGGUGAUUGCUCCAGUCAUUUCUUCAGUGGUUAUUGUGUACCCAUAUACGUGAAACCGUUAACUAAAAGGAAUCUGUCACUACUGCAACCAAACCAGAUGCCUUCUUUCACUUCACCAGACCAAGAAGACGACCUGGAGGCCUGUGUUUUAAGAUUUUCAGACCUAGAUUUAAAAGAUACAAGGCUUAUCAAUCCCAGUAGCAGUCUCAAAGCAGAGUUGGAUGUCAGUACAAAAAAGAAAUACUCAUUUGCCAAGAAAAAGGCAUUUGCCCUUUUUGUCAAAACCAAAGAAGUUCCAGCACAUCCUUUUGAAUGUAAAGAAAAAUGGUGGAAAUGUUGUCAACAGCUGUUCAGAGACCGGAUCGGCAUCCAUAGACACGUGGCAACACAGCAUGCUGACGAGAUCUGCCACCAGACUGCUUCCCUGUUAAAGCAGCUGGCUGUGACAUUGAACACCUCAAAGAGCCUUAAGUCCGAGGACAAUAGGAACCCUCUAAAAGAGUACUUGACCUGCAACUGGGAAGGGUCCGCUUGGCUCCCGGAUAUAAGCUGCUUUAGCCCUGAUGAGCUAAUGAGGGGCCAGGGCAGUGACGACGGAGAGGUUCUACUGUACUACUGCUACCGAGACCUGGAGGACCCCCCCCGGGUCUGCGCCUGGCAGACGGCGCUGUGCCAACACCUGCGCCUCACGGGCAAGGUUCGAAUUGCUACAGAAGGAAUCAAUGGGACACUUGGUGGAAGCAAACUGGCCACCAGACUCUAUGUGGAAGCCAUGCUUUCCUGCCCAUUGUUUAAGGAUUAUAUGUGUAAGGAUGAUUUUAAGACCAGCAAAGGAGGGGCUUGCUGUUUUCCAGAAUUGCGUGUUGGUGUAUUUGAAGAAAUUGUGCCUAUGGGGAUCAGUCCCAAUAAGAUCUCCUACAAGAAGCCUGGAGUCCAUUUAUCUCCACGUGAAUUUCAUAAAGAAGUAGAAAAGUUUUUGUCUCAGACAAAUGAAGAACAAAGUGAUACUGUCCUCCUGGACUGCAGAAACUUCUAUGAAAGCAAAAUAGGGCGAUUCCAGGGCUGUUUAGCCCCAGACAUCAGGAAAUUCAGUUACUUCCCUAGUUACAUUGACAAAAAUCUAGAGCUUUUCAGAGAGAAGAAGGUGCUAAUGUACUGCACUGGGGGCAUCCGUUGUGAGCGGGGUUCAGCCUACCUCAAAGCCAAGGGAGUAUGCAAGGAAGUGUUCCAGCUCAAGGGCGGCAUCCACAAGUACCUGGAGGAGUUUCCUGAUGGUUUCUACAAAGGGAAGUUGUUUGUUUUCGAUGAGCGUUAUGCCUUAUCCUACAACAGUGAUGUAGUGUCAGAAUGUUCAUACUGUGGAGCCCCGUGGGACCAGUAUAAACUCUGCUCAACUUCCCAGUGCCGCCAGCUCAUCUUGACCUGCCCUGCUUGCCAGCGACAAGGAUUCACAGCCUGUUGUGUCACGUGUCAAGACAAAGGGAGCGGGCUGGCUUCAGGUCCCACCCAGAGCAGCUUUAAAGAGGAAUGUGAGUGUACAGCCCGACGGCCCCGCAUACCCAGCGAACUGCCAUAGCAGGUGCGACUCCCCGCGAGCCCAGAGCCAAGGCCUGACAUUGACAAGGAUGGGCUGUGCUUACGUGAGUGGCACCAUCAGCAUCCCCCUAGGCCUUCACAGAGCUAGCUCCACAGUGACCAUACACUGGAGAACAUCAGAGCUGAGGCAACAGAGAAACGGGGAAUGCCAGCAUCAUAAACUGGGUACCAUGUCUGCCACCUAAACUUCAGUGGGGGGAAGAGGGGGGGAAUGGGUUCUCCUCACUUACCUGAAACAUUUGACUCACGAUGCCAGAGGGACGCCUGGGUGGCUCAGUUAAGUGUCAGACUUCAGCUUAGGUCAUGAUCUUGAG